GCAGGCUCCAUGCUACUAUUGUCUAACAGGAGAGCGGGCUAUUUGCAAAAUAAAGGUAGCCUCCUGCCUCAGUGUUUGCCCCUACGAGGGCUGAUUCAUGCGAGUGGGGUGAUUGUCUUUUCUUUUGCCCCUUUUAAAGUGAAAUGAGCGCCUAUCGUUAGCGGUAGUCCUCUGGGUUUUUCCUCCCACACAGCUUGAGCUCCUCGCCGGGUCGGAUGCUGGAAGUCCUCGCCGAUAAGAGAUCGCGCAGAGCUCGCGGAGAAAAGCAGACUGGACGCGGAAGGAAGCAAAGGAAGAAUAGAGCAGCAUUUUAAUACCAAAUCAGGACACAUGUUGAGCUAACGGCCCUCGCCACCUCCUCCCCCCUUCUUCUCCUCCCAAAUGCAUUUGUAGGCUCAGUCGCUUUCCCGUUACUGCGCGUUAGGAGAGAGCCAGCAGCUCCGAGGAUCCCCCGCUCGCCGUCUUGGAAGGACGAUCAUGGAUCUGAGCAAAAUCGCUGUCAGCAUCAACAAGGCCAUCAACACACAGGAGGUCGCUGUCAAAGAGAAGCAUGCCAGGACCUGCAUCUUGGGGACCCAUCAUGAGAAAGGUGCCCACACCUUCUGGGCGGCAGUCAACCGGCUUCCUCUCUCCAGCAACGCCGUGCUCUGCUGGAAGUUCUGCCAUGUCUUCCACAAGCUGCUGCGGGACGGGCAUCCGAACGUGAUAAAGGACUCCAUGAGGAACAAGGCUGAUUUAACUGAUAUGAGCAGGAUGUGGGGUCACCUGAGUGAAGGCUAUGGGAAGCUGUGCAGCAUCUACCUCAAACUGCUCAUCACCAAAAUGGAGUUUCACAUCAAAAACCCUCGUUUUCCAGGAAACCUUCAGAUGUCAAACCGACAGCUCGACGAGGCGGGAGAGAACGACGUCAACAACUUCUUCCAGCUGACCGUAGAGAUGUUUGACUACCUGGAGUGUGAGCUCAACCUCUUCCUGGGUGUGUUCAGCUCUCUAGACAUGUCUCGGUCGGUCUCUGUGACGGCGGCGGGUCAGUGUCGUCUGGCCCCCCUCAUCCAGGUUAUCCUCGACUGCAGCCACCUGUACGACUACACCGUCAAGCUGCUGUUUAAGCUGCACUCAUGCCUUCCAGCUGACACUCUCCAGGGCCACAGAGAUCGCUUCCAGGAACAGUUCAAGAAGCUAAAGAGUCUGUUUUAUCGCUCCAGUAACCUGCAGUAUUUUAAGAGGCUGAUUCAAAUCCCACAGUUGCCUGAGAACCCUCCAAACUUCCUGCGUGCAUCUGCUCUGUCGGAGCACAUCAGCCCCGUGGUCGUGAUCCCCGCCGAGUCGUCGUCCCCGGAGUCAGAGCACGUAGUGGAAACGGACGACCUGGUGGACACGGACGUCCCCGUACUGCCGGCUCCUGUGGAGACAAAAUUCGACGACCUGUUUGGCACCUCGGCUGCUAUCGACCCGUUCAACUUCAACAGUCAGAACGGCAUGCGCAAGGAUGACAAAGACCGGCUGAUCGAGCAGCUGACGAGGGAGAUCCAGGCCCUCAAAGAGGAGCUGGAGUCUUUCAGACUGGAGAGCGGCCGGUUGUGCCAGGCUCUGCGGGGGCGAGUCAACGAGCUGGAGGCGGAGCUUGCCGAGCAGAGCCACCUGAGGCUACAGGCUGUGGGAGAGAGCGAGUUCCUGAAGGCCGAACUGGACGACCUGCGGAGGGUCAGGGAGGACACGGAGAAGGAGCAGAGAAGCCUAACGGAGAUUGAGAGAAAAGCUCAGGCCAACGAGCAGCGCUACACCAAGCUGAAGGAGAAGUACACCGAGCUGGUUCAGAGCCACGCAGACCUGCUGAGAAAGAACGCAGAGGUGACCCGGCAGAUGACGGUAGCUCGGGCAGCACAGGAUGAAGUGGAGGCGGUGAGGAAAGAGAUGCAGGAGAAGGUGAAGGCCGCUCAGGAGGCGGCGGACAGACAGGAGCGGGAGCAGCUCGAGCAUCUUCAGGAGCUCCAGAGAGAGCUGGUCUCAAGCCGGGCAGAGCUGGACUCCCUGAAGACCAGCAUGGCCUCUUCGCAGCAGUCGAGCGAGGUGCUCGGCACUCAGCUGGCAGCGUUGGAGUCGGAGAAAGCCGAGCUGGUCCAGUCGUUGUCGAAGGUGGAGGCGGAGCUUGCGGCCCGGGGGGAGGAGCUAGAGCGGGUCCAAAGCUCGCUGGUGACGGAAAGAGAGAGCAGGGUGAAGAGUGCUGAAACCCUGCAGAACCAACUCAACGAGAAGGAGAGCAGGGAGCAGGCGUUAGAGAGCCAGCUGGCAGCGGCUCGUUGGGCCAGCCUGCAGGGCGCCGUGGAGGAGGCGGAGAAGAUCAUCCAGGACAGUCUGGCUCAGAUAGACGACCCGGCGCACAUCAGCUGCACCAGCUCGGCAGACUACCUUGCAUCCAGGUGUCAAGCCUCCUUAGAGUGUAUGGAGAGAUUAAAUUCUACCAGAGUGGCCUUCCUGGCUGACAACACGGGUGUGUCUGAGCUGGUGCGUGCAGUGACCCAGUCUGGCCACCUGGUGGGCGACACCAUAGUUCAGGGUAGUGCCACCUCCCACAUGGUGCCUGUGGAGCAGGCUGACGCCCUGUCAGAGAGUGUGAAGGUGUGCGGGGCUGAAGCUUUGGCUCUGCUGGGACUGAUGAAGCAGCAGGACGGCCUCGCUGCAGCGGACAGCGGCAAGCUGAAGGCAGCUCUGGAGGCCGUCCUGGCCACGGCAGAGAAAUUGCGUCCUCAGGGUUUGGAGCUGCAGCAGGGGGAGCUGGGAGACCUCGUGGAGCAGGAAAUGGCUGCCACUUCUGCCGCUGUGGAAUCAGCCGCUGCCAGGAUAGAGGAAAUGCUCAACAAUUCUCGAGCAGUUGAUACAGGAAUCAAGAUGGAGGUCAACGAGAGGAUCUUGGCCUCCUGCACAGAGCUCAUGCAGGCCAUCAAGGAGCUUAUUUUGUCUUCCAAAGAUCUGCAAAGAGACAUCGUGGAGAGUGGAAGGGGGGCAGCCUCCAUGAAGGAAUUUUAUGCCAAGAACUCACGCUGGACCGAGGGCCUGAUCUCUGCCUCCAAAGCGGUGGGAUGGGGCGCUACAGUCAUGGUGGAUGCUGCUGACCUGGUGGUUCAGGGCAAAGGGAAGUUUGAGGAGCUGAUGGUGUGCUCACAUGAAAUUGCUGCCAGCACAGCACAGCUCGUGGCUGCUUCCAAGGUAAAAGCAGACAAAGACAGCACCAAGCUGCACCGCCUGCAGCAGGCGUCCCGCGGCGUCACACAGGCCACCGCGGCCGUCGUGGCCUCCACUAAGUCUGGGAAGUCCCAGAUUGAAGAGACAGACACUAUGGACUUCUCCAGCAUGACUCUCACCCAGAUCAAGCGACAGGAGAUGGAUGCACAGGUCCUGGUUCUGGAGCUGGAGACCCGUCUGCAGAAGGAGCGAGAGCGUCUCGGCGAGCUGAGGAAGAAGCAUUACGAACUGGCCGGCGUAGCAGAAGGCUGGGGCGAGGAUGAAGAGGGCACAGGCUGAUCCCCGCCACCGGUGUCGUCACCCCACUCCUCCUCAACCCAGAAGACCGGCUUCUGUCUGCCUCUUUCUAUUUAUAGACACACUUUUCAGCCUUUCUUCUCCCUUGUUAUUUUUUUAAUUAUUAUUUGUUUGUCUGUUAUCCAAGCCAAAUGAAAAGGUGCUUCUUUUCUAAACCCGCUUCUCCACCCAUGUCCCGAAGCUUCCAUAAAGGACAGCACCAAGGGCUCAGCAACAGCGGAGGAUGGGUGGGGGUGUUAGUGGUAUCGGAGGGACGAACACGUGCACACGAGGAACGGUGUGAAAGACGACCCACAGCCCGGCUUCGCGGCCUUCCCCCCCGCUCCUCCUCCUGGACUGUGUUGGGAAAACUCAGCGGCGAGGUCUCUUAUUGUCGUUUCCCUCCUCGCUGCACAAGUUCUACUCGUCAUCCCGGGACGCACCGCACAAAGGCCGAACUCUGAGGAGCAGGACGGGGGGGGGGAGAUGAGUCCACCCAGCCCACAUUCGUGUCUCCGUAACAUAGACGGCGUGCUCUCCCAUUUAAAAACAGAUGUUUUUGUCCUGCGCGUGAAACCGCGGGAGCCCGAGACGCUUCUUUUUUUCUCACUGUGAAUUCUCACCUUAUUGAGUCCGCUUCGCUGGACUUUCUGCCUUUCACCUCCUCACCAUUGUAACGACCAUGACUGUUAACUUAAACACCGACCCCUCCCACACACACAGACACACCCCUGAUUUUUGGUCUUUAUUUUAAUAAGUGUUCAAAUAGAACGGUCCAUGUGCAGGAGGGUAGGGUUGCAAAGUAGCACACACACACACACACACACACACACACACACACACGGUCCCUGUGAACUACCUCAUGCUACAUCAUUGGAGGUAGCCGUGCAUCAGGGGAAGGUUUAGAUGAGCAGGUUUGCUGAAAACACUAAUAACAUGGGUCUGAUUUUUCAGAUUUUCCUUCUUAUACUGGUUAAACUGGGGAACAGGGUAGCGAGAGGCAGCCCUCUUUAUUAUCGUUAUUUUUCUUAAUAUAGAGCUCGUUCUGAUGUCUUUUUCUCUUCAUCUAAACACAAGUUUUGCUCCUCGGUUCAGUAAAGACAGAGACCCUCCUCUGCUGUCUCGUCACAAGCUUAGCCCAAUAAAUCAGCAGGAGAAGAAAUAUCCAUGAGAACUUUGAACUUUCUUGAAGUCAGACUUAAACGAGGACUCGAGGCCAUUCCCACUGCACAAACCUUUAGAUCAGCCCGGUUUGAUCACAUGACCCAGCCUCUCACCACGCACAGCGGGGGACCGACUGCCGUUAUUUUCCCUGAAUUCCUUCUCUGAGUGACAGAGGGAUCACGGGGUCUGGGACGAAAGCAAACUGCAGUGUUUUUUCAAUAGCUUCCUAAAGACCAAGUAGCUGUGGACAUAAACUACAAGCCUCCUGUUGUUGGAAAUAAUAUUUUGCUUGCUUUUAAGGAUUCGGUUUAACUUAAACAAAACAGUUAGUUUCCUAACUUCCUGCUGAACCCGACGAGCUGCCGUUUGGACUCUGAAACCUGAGACGAGCAGGCGUUUAUUUUCAACCCUCAACACGUUACUUACCUUCUUUCUAUUCGAUGACCCGCGGUUGGUGGUGGUGGGGGUUUGUCUCUCUGUGUCUUAACGUACUUUAGUUUUGGACGCUCCGCUUCAGCUGCAUAUCUCUAAAAGGUUGUGACACUGGGUAAUUUAACAGCUGCUGGUCGAAUAGUAUUUGCCAAUAAUAAUAAGAAGUAUUAUCUGCAGUGCUAUUGAGUCCAGGUCUUUUUGUACUAAAUGAUUUUUAGCUGUAGUCUGUCACUUCUUCCACAUCUGGACAACACAUCUGGACUUCAGUAGAAGAAGAAAACCUCCAUAAAAGAAAGGAGCAUUUUCUUUGUAUGGAUUUUUUUUCCAAGUGUCUUGAAAGACUGGAUUGCACCUCGAGUGAUAUUUUGGGUUUUAUUUUAUUUUAUUUUGCCCAAAUUACCUUUUUAUUAACCUCUCUCUCUCCCUCUUUGGCUCUCUCUCUGGUUCAUGUCUGUUUAGUCCUACCAGCUCAGCCAGCCUUUCAAACUGCCUCACACUGUAGUCAGAGAGAAACAGAUACUCACAUAGCAACAUUGAAAUAUGUCUUUGUAUAAUAUACUAAAACUAUGUUGGUGGGUUUGUUUUUAUUUUUUCAGUUUUUAAAAAUAAAUAUUUCAGCUCAUU